AAUAAAUUAGUUCGUGUGUACUUCGGUUAUCUAUAGUUCCUUUAUAGCACGGGUGAUCCGUUAUACAAAAAUAAUUGACAGUUUUGUGACACAAUAUUUAAUACCCCUUCUUUGAGUUGUAGUUAUUAUUUGUCUCGAAUAUUUGCUCACAAUGUCCGGAAUUGUGAAAUAUUUCGCGAGGACAUUUGUAGGAAGAUAUACUUUGGUGUUGCCAGUGUCCAGUUUUUCAUACAGCAGUCGAAGAAUUAAUACUGGUAUUCAUUUGUGUGCUCCUCAAGUUCAACAACCAGCGCCCGAUUUUCGUGGGACGGCUGUUGUCAAUCAAGAAUUCAAGGAAAUCAGUUUAACAGAUUAUAAAGGAAAAUAUCUUGUCUUGUUUUUCUACCCUCUUGAUUUCACAUUCGUAUGUCCAACAGAAAUAAUAGCAUUUAGUGAAAGAAUUCAGGAUUUCAAAGCAAUUAACACUGAAAUUGUUGGUGCUUCUACAGACUCACAUUUCAGCCAUCUUGGUUGGAUCAACACACCUCGUAAAGCUGGAGGACUGGGCCCUAUAACCUAUCCGCUACUGGCAGACUUCAGUAAGAAAAUAGCUCGUGAUUACAAUGUUCUCGUUGAGAAUGCCGGAGUCGCUCUACGGGGACUCUUCAUCAUUGAUCCCAAGGGAGUCCUUGUCCAGAUGACGGUGAAUGAUCUUCCGGUUGGGCGUAGUGUGGACGAAACAUUGAGACUUGUUAAAGCUUUCCAGUUUGUAGAAAAGCAUGGAGAAGUUUGUCCUGCUAACUGGAAACCAGACUCCCCAACUAUCAAACCUGAUCCCAAAGGCUCAAAAUCAUACUUUGAGAAGGUAAACAAGUAAAAUGCAGUCGCAAUGUCAGAAAAUCACAGGGGUGAUGCCUAUUUUGCUUCCAAAAUACGUGGAUAAUGUCAAGAGAUGUUAUUAUUAAUAUCAUGGCUUCUGAUGCUAUUCUGCUUUGUAGCUUCUGCGUACUGUUAUCUGCUUCUGUUUAAAUAUGGGGAAAUAUGAAUUGUAAUAAACAUUUGGCAACCGUCUAUGACUUA